GGACAUUUCAAGUACUAUUAUUUAUUGAAACUAUGCUAUUUUCGAAUGUACUUUGUACUCUAGAAUAUUCUAAUUAUUUUGUGAAUCACCCUGUAUAUUUUCGCGAAUGAGUUAAUCAGUGCAGCAUGAUUAUGUGGUACCCAUAGGUGCGACCGUGGAUCCAUUACCAUUGCCGGCAGUACCAGCAGUUCGCAGCACCCAUCGCUGCUAUGGCUAUAGCGGAGAGAUAAGCGAAUGCGCGAAAGAAUUAUCAGCAGUUUGUACUCCGGCAGAAAACCUGUCACAUACUCUAUUUAGUGUUUCGAUUUUUUUAUCGCUUUUGGCUAUACACGUGUUUUUACGAACUCGAUAUUUGUGGUUGUGAUGUGGAACUAAACUUUUGGAUUUUAUGUGUGAAAAAUAUCCAGGAUGGGUCGUGGCGCGUACCACUCUAGCAGGGCUGAAAUUUUUGAGUGAUGAGGCCAUACUCAAAUACAACAGAAAUGGAGGCUGUUUCGUCACCACCAAGAAGGCAAUCGCCUUCGUCGUCUUCGCUUUAGGUUCAUUGGCCGCAGUUAUACUCGUGAUGUACUAUUAUGGCCCUAAUCGAGGGGAAAAGGUAAGAUACGAUGCUGCUUCCAGGAGGUUCUUGGUAUAA